AUGUCCAAGCCAGACGAUAUGCCACCUAUGACAUACAGAUUCCUGGGCCGUUCUGGUCUUCAGGUCUCUUCUAUUUCGUUGGGAGGAUGGCUCACUUAUGGUGGGCACGUUGAUAGAGAGGGCACCUUUGCUUGUAUGAAGGCUGCGUAUGACUGCGGCGUCAACUUCUUCGAUUGCGCUGAGGGGUAUUCCGGCGGUGAGUCGGAGGUCGUCAUGGGAGAAGCCAUCAAGAAGUUUGGCUGGAAGAGAAACGACCUCGUUAUCUCGACUAAGAUCUACUGGGGCCAAGCCAAUGGCGACAACGUCGUCAACAACAAGGGCCUCUCCCGCAAGCACAUCGUCGAAGGCGUCAACGCUUCCCUGAAGCGAAUGGACCUCGAGUACGUCGACGUCAUCUUUGCCCACCGACCCGAUCGCUACACCCCCAUGGAGGAAACCGUCCGCGCCUUCAACCACAUCAUCGACAGCGGCAAGGCCUUCUACUGGGGCACAUCCGACUGGAACGCCGACGAAAUCGCCCAGGCCUGGCGCUACGCCGACAAGCUGGGCCUCAUCGGCCCUCUGACCGAACAGCCCGCCUACAACAUGCUGCAGCGCGAAAAGGUCGAGACCGAGUUCGCCCACCUGUACAGCGAGACUGGCGGCCUGGGCCUGACCGUCUGGUCUCCCAUGCGUCAGGGCAUCCUGUCUGGUAAAUACAAGGACGGCAUCCCCGAGGACUCGCGCUUCAACCAGACCAGCGUCGAGUUUAUCAAGGGUUACUGGAACCGCACGAGCAAGGACACCUGGAACGGCAUCAUCGAGCAGGUCAACAAGCUGCAGCCCAUUGCUGACAAGCUGGGUAUCAAGAUGAGCACGCUGGCUUUGGCGUGGGUUCUCAAGAAUCCCAAUGUUAGCACUGCCAUUACGGGAGCUAGUCGGCCGGAGCAGGUGUAUGAGAACUGCAAAGCGGUGGCAGCGGUGGAGAAAUUGACGCCUGAGAUUAUGGAUGAGAUUGAUGGAAUUUUGAACAACAAGCCUCCUGCUAUUACUAUGAGGUUUUAG